UUUUCAGUCGCAAAGGAACGUGGCGUUGAGGUGACUCCGUUUGCAGACCAUCAACUUUCUUGGUCUGCUUGCUCUCCUCUUUGUUCAAAAAGAGGAUCUUCUUGGCACGCUAUCAGCUCUGAGUCCGCAAGUCCACCAAGCCCUCGUUUUAUCGUCACUCCUGUAGACGCGGAAGGCACCAGCGAACGUGAUUCUCCUACGGAUCCGAUUCGAGAUUCUCUCGGUUCUAUUUCUGCAGCUUCUGCAUCUCACAGUCGUAGUCCAUCUGGCAGUGCAAGUUCACUAGCAGUAUCCGUGUCAUCCUUCGGUGUAGGUGGUGCCGUGCAUCGUUCGCACACACUGUCACCGCCAUCUCCUAUCGGCUGUGGUAGCACUCAAUCAACUCCAACACUGGGUGCAAGCAGUCGAGUUGUCCAAUCUACCAGUAUGCAAUUCGGUGUGCAACGAUCGCCGAAACCGUCGCGACUUGUGCAUGCCAUACCACACAAGUGGACUAAAACAACGAAGUUCCGUUUGAACAGCGAUUCUGUCUGUCACUUCUGUCAACGGCCGCUCGGUUUCGGUUUUUUGCACGCCUGGGAAAAGUGCAGAUCAUGCAAGUGGAAAGUGCAUACGCAUUGUCGGAGUCGCAUAGGAGAUUCGUGUGGCCUCACCCCUGAACACUUACGAAUCCUCUUCGACAAACUUGUGCAGCAGAACAACGGGGACAUUUGGAAUGACCCACAAAGCGCUGUGCCAAUGUCUCGCUCGUUGAAUGAACCAGCUUUCCAAUACCCAGAUUCAGGGAUGGGGAUUGGUGAUAGUUCAUCAUCAACGAAUAGCUCUGCUCCAAGCACUCCGGCGCUUCCACUUGGACUCAGCUAUGCAAAUAGCCCGUACGCUCUUGCGACAGCUCCAUCACGGAGUGGUGAACGGAAAUUCACUUUUCCCGAUGCGGUGCCUGAAGUUCCAGACAUUGUGCUGCCUGACAUGAGCGAUGGUGAAAGCAAAACAUCAGGUUGGCCAAGCUCCAGUUCAGAUUUUGGUGAGGGUCCAUCUUCGCUGAAUACGAAACAUGGUGAGGGCAGUGAGGGGACCGUCAUUGUGGAUUCCAUCGGCAGCGCUGGAACUGACACAGCUCUCUCCGACAGUUCCACUGGUGGGAGAUCACCAGGUGGACAUACGUGGGAUCGAAAUAGAUGGAACAUGAGUACAAUUCGAGGUCCUAAUGCACAGACCGACACAGCUCUCUCCGACAGUUCCACUGGUGGGAGAUCACCAGGUGGACAUACGUGGGAUCGAAAUAGAUGGAACAUGAGUACAAUUCGAGGUCCUAAUGCACAGGCAAGCUGGAAUGAAGUCAACAUACCUUUUCAAAAGAUUGACUUCGAAAAGAACUCGUUGAUUGGUCAUGGUCGAUUCGGAGACGUUCUUCGUGGCUACCAUUUCGGUGAUGUUGCAGUGAAAUUUUUGAAUAUGAGUCACAUAGAGGAGUCAAGGCGAUUGGACGAAUUCAAAUCGGAAGUCACUGCUCAUAAGAAUACUCGACAUGACAACAUUGUUCUCUUUCUCGGUUACUGUAUCGAAUCAGAUAAAUUUGGAAUUGUAAUGAGCUUGUGUAAGGGACGUCCCCUUCAUCAUAUCCUCCACGAGACAAAUGAAGCCGUCGAUUUAGGAACAGCUCUGAUUAUUGCUACCCAAAUAUGUCAGGGAGUUUCAUAUCUUCACACUAAAAAAAUACUCCACAAAGAUCUCCGUUCCAAGAAUAUCUUUAUCGAAAGCAAGAACAAAGUGGUGAUAACUGACUUUGGCUUGUUCAGCAUGAAGCGGUUGAGACACCCAAGCAGGAACAAUACAAUGGUUGUGCCAGUGCAUUGGUUGUCGUACCUGGCUCCAGAGCUUAUUAGAAGUUUGUGUGAAGAUUGGCGGGAAUUGCCAUUUUCCGAAAGCACUGAUGUUUUUGCGUUCAGGUUCGUUUCUUUCGUUUUCGUCGCAGGAUUGACUGUUUCGGUAAUGGCGAACCGAGUUGUCGCCGCUCUUCCUCGCAUUCGUGCCACAAUAGGACAUAUUCCCCAGAGGCUGAAGACAGCAAACAUUGAACCGAGUUCGCGGGCACGUCUUGAGGUUCUUCGACGUAUCGUCACACGACUGGUCCGUGAAGAAAGAGCCGAGCUGCAAUGGAACAGAGCGGUGGAAGCUCGGCCAUAUCUGGAAAGGUUGAUUCAACUUGGAGUCGAAAGGGGUGAACAUGAUGAGUACACAACGGAGAUGAUGGAGUGGUGGUUGCUUGAAGCGGAUCUCAUCGAAAAAAUGCAUAAAGUGAUUGUACCUCGCUUCGUUAACCGCGAAGGACCUUUCACUUCAAUAUAUCGUCUUCCUACACAGCGCUUGCAACAGCACAUACAUGGCCGAAUAGAACGGUGGAGGCGAUACGAUAUUGCCGUUUUAGAAAUUGAUGGUACUUUCGAUAGAACUUCAGGAAAUCCAUUCCCACCUGUGAUGGGUGCAAAAGCCCGACAAUUCGUCGUCGUUGCUGAAUGGUUUUGUUUGCGGACAGUCUUCAGAACCGGUUGA